AAGAAUGACAGAAAUGUGCUGGAUGAAAGUGUAACUUUUUUCUUCAGUUUGUAACUUUAUUUUUUAAUAUUUUGUUUUAUCAUCCUAGAAGCCAAUAAUGAAAUUGUUUCUAUUUCUACAUUAAUAUGCCCUCAACUAUUUCUUUGUAUAUUAUGAGUUCUAAGUUCACAAUAGAUAUUGUAAAUGUUUUGUGAUUGUUUUUCUUUAUAAAAGUAAUUUUAGUAAUAUGUUCAACCUACUUAGUGGAUUUAGAUCACCUUCGGGCUCCGGCUACAUAUCUGAAAUGGAACAAAUUAUCAGCCAACUUGAACGUGGCACGAUAGUAACAAAAUUUUCGUGGAGAAAGAAAACAGAACGGAAAACAUUAGCCAUACGGAGAGAAACGAGGCAGUUGAUUUGGACGCGGACAGUAUCUCUUAAACCCUUAUCAGACGAUACAUUGAAUUUAGCUGAGAGAUGGGCGCAAGAUUCACGUCUGGAUAUAAGAAAGCCUAGUUUCGAGGGAGCUGUGAAUUUGUCAGAAAUCAAAGAAGUUAGGUUAGGGAAAAAUUCAAAAGACUUUGAGAAGUGGCCUGACGAAGCCAACAAGCUGGAUAAUAAGAAGUGCUUUGUGGUCUUCUAUGGAUCUGAAUUUAAGCUAAGAAUUUUGAGUAUUGCAGCUCUGUCGGAUGAAGAAUGUAAAUUGUGGAUAAAGGGCUUGAAAUAUCUCGUUAAAGACACCAUGAGCGCGCCAUAUUCAUUGCAGGUUCAGAGUUGGUUGAGGAGAGAAUUUUAUGAAAUGGAAGGAUCCAGAGAAACGGUAAAUAUGAAAGACAUAAAGUCUUUCUUACCGAGAAUUAAUUAUAAGCUUCCAACAAACAGACUUAGGGAAAUUUUUAAUGAAGUUGAUACACGUAAACGAACUGAAAUAGGAUUUGAUGAUUUUACUAUUUUGUAUCAAAAACUUAUAUUUGAUGAUAAGAAUACUACUGAAGUUUUUGAGAGAUUGCCAGAAUAUUCUUCCGAUCAUAAAACAGUAACACUCCAGGAAUUUGAAAGUUUUUUGGUAAAGGAACAGGAAGAUCCUUUAGGCAAUGAUCCCAGAAGUGUUUCUCAACUUAUUUACAAUUUCCUAGGGGAUCCACUCCAAGAAGUCCAAGAACCAAGCUUUACCACAUCAGAAUUUUUAGACUUUUUAUUUUCUAAGCAAAAUGAUUUAUGGGAUCCCACUAAGAAUAAUGUUUAUCAUGAUAUGUCCAGACCUUUGUCCCACUAUUGGAUUGCCUCUUCCCAUAACACAUAUUUAACAGGUGAUCAGUUUUCCUCUGAAUCGUCUGUAGAAGCUUAUGUUCGUUGCCUUCGGAUGGGGUGCCGCUGCAUAGAGCUUGAUUGUUGGGAUGGUCCAGAUUGUACACCUUACAUUUUUCAUGGACACACACUAACCACCAAAAUUAAGUUUAUUGACGUCCUUAGAACAAUAAAAGAGCAUGCUUUCGCUACUUCCGAGUACCCUGUGAUAUUGUCUAUUGAGGAUAACUGUUCAUUGCCGCAGCAAAGGAAAAUGGCAUUAAAUUUGCAGGAUGUCUUUGGGGAUAUGCUUCUCACUCAUCCAGUCAGCAAAAACGAGAACGAACUCCCGUCGCCCCAAAGUUUGCGAUUUAAAGUAAUUUUAAAACACAAAAAGCUUCCAGAGGGUCAGGACGAAAGUUCAUUUUUUGUUCAUAAUGACGUUUCUGACAUAGAUCUCCGGAAUUCCGUAAAAAACGGGGUCAUGUAUAUUGAAGACGCUGUGGACAAGGAAUGGAGUCCUCAUUUUUUUGUUUUAAGUCCCAAUAAAUUGUUUUAUACCAAUAGUUACAAACCAGAUGGGGAUGGUUCAGAAAGAUCUGAAGAUGAAGAUGAUGUGCCCACAUUUCAAAGGCCUAAAAGCAACAUACCAAAUGAAGAGUUACAUUACAGUGAAAAGUGGUUUCACGGAAAACUUGAGAAAGGGAGAGAGGAGGCGGAACAACUGCUGAGAGACUAUUCUCAUUUAGGUGAUGGAACUUUUUUGGUGAGAGCGAGUGUUACAUUUGUCGGCGAAUACUGUCUGUCUUUUUGGCGUAAUGGUCAAGUAAAUCAUUGUAGGAUUCGUUCCAAACAAGACAAACAACAAACCAAGUAUUACCUUAUCGACGGAAAGUAUUUUGACAGUUUAUAUAGUUUGAUUACGCAUUACAGAUCUUCGCCCCUAGUCACUACAGACUUUUCGAUAACUCUUCAGGAGCCUGUACCUCAGCCGAAUCGCCAUGAGAGCGAAGUGUGGUAUCACAAAUCGACAACCAAACAGAAGGCGGAGGAAGCUUUGAAAAAAAUACGGACCGACGGCGCAUUUUUGGUUAGACCCAGCGAGAACGACACAAAUUGCUAUACCAUAAGUUUCAGGGCGGACAAGAAAAUCAAGCACUGCCGCAUCAAACUUGAAGGUCGUUUGUAUACAAUAGGCAAUGUCGAAUUUGAAAGUUUAGUCGAAUUAAUUAACUACUAUGAAACUCACCCGUUGUACAGGCGAGUUAAGUUGAGUCAUCCUGUUAGUGAAGAAACAGUCAGAAUGGUGACCGCGGAACAAGAAGAUGGAACCAAUUACAACCACACCACUCCAUCCUACAUGGACCCUUCAGCUUUUACGCCAAAAAUAACCGUCAAGGCCCUCUACGACUACCGCGCCCAGCAACCUGACGAGCUGUCGUUCUGCAAGCACGCAAUCAUCACAAACGUCACUAAACCACCGAACAGCGUCGGAUGGUGGAGGGGCGAUUAUGGUGGUGCGAAACAGCAGUACUUUCCCGCAGUUUACGUUAAGGAAAUCGACAUAGUCGAGCCAAGUCAAGAGAUCACAGAUGACGGGUCAAAUGAAUCGAUGAUGCAAGGUUAUCUAGACAUGCACGGUGCUGUAGUUGACUUGCUGCAUAUUCCAGAAAGACCGGGGCUCGAAUGGGCCCUGAAAAUAGUAACGUCGACAGCCGUAACGGCUUUCGAAGUUUCACUACAGUCUCGAGAUUUGGCUUUAGAAUGGUUGACCGCUAUUAGGGAAGUGACGCAAAGAGCCAGUCAGAUCGAAACCCAACAUCGGGAGAUGGAACGAGCGUACCGAAUUGCAAAGGAACUGUCCAACAUUAUAAUCUAUUGCAGGUCGAUUUCGUUUAAUUUGGAAAGGGCGAGACAGGGGUUCGUUUUUUACGAAAUGUCCUCCUUCCCGGAAACGAAAGCCGAAAAACUUAUAUGUCAACAAGAGAGGAGUUUCUUCCUAAAAUACCAUCAGGUCCAGUUUACGCGUAUCUACCCGAACGGUUUACGAAUCGACUCGUCCAAUUACAAUCCGAUCAACGUGUGGAAUUGCGGUUCCCAAAUGGUCGCCCUUAAUUAUCAAACGGGCGAUAAACCCAUGCAGUUGAAUCAGGCCAAGUUCCGGGAUAACGGCGCGUGCGGUUAUCUCCUGAAACCGGAGUUUAUGUUCGCCAAAGAGUUCGAUCCGUUCGAAAGGCACACGUUAAACGGCGUACAACCGUUGGCGGUUCGUAUUAGGAUAAUCGCCGGCAGACAUUUGAGCAGAUCUAAAAAAGGUAUAGCCAGUCCGUACGUAGAAAUCGAACUGUUGGGCGCGCCGUUCGAUUCCGGAGUGAAACACACUACCAAAAAAAUUUUGGACAACGGAUUCAAUCCGAAAUGGGUCGACGAAUACUGCGAAUUCACGGUGGCCAAUCCGCAUUUCGCCCUCCUCCGAUUCGUAGUGCAAGACGAAGAUGUUUUCGGAGAGCCGAAUUUUAUCGGCCAAGCUACCUACCCUAUUACCUGUAUCAGAAAAGGAUACCGUAGCGUUUGGUUGAAGAAUGCAUUCAGCGAAGAUCUCGAAUUAGCCUCUCUAUUAAUUCAUGUCUCGCUAAAAAGUCCUGUAUCUCGUAUUUAAUUUUGAAAUAAUUUUUAAC